GUAAGCAGCGGAUUCUUGUCUGUGCGCAGCUCAUUAAAGGGCUUUUCUCAUGAGAAAGAAUGUGAUUGUGCUGUAGUAAGUGGGUGUGUCUCUCAACCUAUAAAUACAACCCGUGAGUUCUUUUUGACGUAAACUAGUGAGGGAAUCUUAUCACCCAUCUGUCCACGCCGUUAUAGGACUGAAGGACAUGUCUCUCCGCGGAAUUUUCGCGUUCCUGCUCUUUCUCGCGUGCGUCUCACAGCUCAUCUUAACUGCUGAGUGCACCAGAGGAGCCAGGAGGAAAGGAAGGAGGCAGGAAAGAAGAGGUGAUAAUAACAUUAACGUGAUGAAAGGAAAGUUCAUAAUCAAUGACAAGACGCAGCAGUGCACGUGGGUGGCGCGCGGAGAGGACAAGUACACCAUGAACGUUACAUGCAAGCCUGGGAGCGGGGACGGAUUCACCUGUAAAUACACUGCCAAGCCGGCAACGUGCGCCGAAUAUUCGUCUAAUCCCAAGGGCUACUGGAAACAGAUAGCCAGAUCUCUGCAAAAGCAGAAGAAACUUUGCGUGGAUCCGCGCGCACUGAUCCGGGCGGGCAUGUGUAAGCGCGCGCCCCUGGACGCGCAUUUCAAACUCACAGAAGCGUCACAAAAGAAACCCCCCUCGACAGAGAAAACCCCCACAGCCACAAACACACCGCCUCCGGACACCGAACAAGGGUGCACAGAGCGCAUCGAUCACCGCGAGCUCGCCAGAGAGAAGUGUGGAGAUUCCUGGGCGAGUCUAUGCGCGUUCCUCUUCACUGUAAUCCAGAGUGGAGACUGCUGAGCUUUUACUUUUUUUUGUUACGUUUGUUUUGCUUUUCCUCUGAUAGACUUUCAAGACUACGUUUUAUGUUGUAAACAGAUAAUGCACUGUACUGAUUGUUGGUCACGUGGGUCAGUAGCCCGCCACGUUUACCUUUUACGCUUACCAGGGACGUUGCUAGACCCCCCUUAAGUAUGAUGUCUCCCAUAAAAGAUUGAGUUACAGGAUGGAUGUCUGUUAGAAAUCAUUCUCAGUCUUAUAAUUUGCUCAAUGAUUGAGGAAGUAGAUGAUUAGGAAAACGUUAAUUAGAAAUAGUAAGUGAUCACUCAUCAAAGUGAAAAAAGGUGAUACGAGUAAUGGGGGGCGUGUGCCCCAGUAGAAUUUUACUGUAUGUCUAGCAACACCCCUGGCGCUCACCAUAGAGCCUCUAAAUUUAAUACAAGCAAGUUUGUUGAAUCCAUAAACCAAUUUUAACAUUGUUUUUUUAUGCAAAGGGAUAAUAGUGCUGUGUAUUUAAAUUAUGUUUGAUAUUAAAUGUUGUUAUUUAUUUAUUAAUAGAGCAUUUUAAGGGAUUUGGCAAAUGUUUAGAUUUAAUAUUUGUUUAGCUGUCAAAAGUUUAUUGUGCCAUAUUUUUGCCUUUAUUCAUGAUUAUUAAAAACCAACCACUUUGUAAACUUUGAUUUACAUUUCAACAGAGUGCAAGCUGCUCAUUUUAUGAUUUGCUCUAACAGUCAACUGUGUAAAUAUGUCAGUUACUUCUCUUUAUAAUAAUAAUAUAAUAAUAAUAAUUGAUCUUCAUCUUGUACUCAUAUCCAAAUGUUACUCUCUUUCAGCAAAUACACCAUGUUCUUCAUUUUACUGUAAAAGCACAAUAUAUCCACUGUUUUGCAUUGUAACCGUAUUUAUGACAUUCAAAAUAAAUAUUUUUGCCUACUAUUUUCUUUAAA